AUGGCAGAGGAGCGUUCCCCCGGCAGCUUCAUGACGCAGGAAAUGAUCCACUUCGUCUGCGAGACGUCCGUGGUGGGCGUCAACAACGCCGGCAGGACGCCGCACCCGUUCCGUCGCUUCGUCUGGUGCUGCCUGUUCCUGGCCGGCCUGGGCGUCACGGUCAAUGACGUAGUCAUCCUGUUUGGAGAAUACUUCAGCUACCCGGUCACCACCGACUACAGCAUUAACUUCCAGAACAAAGUCACUUUUCCGGCCGUCACCGUCUCGGCCGCAGCUGCCAGGAGGAGCGGCACGGGACAGACGAAGCAUCACAGAUUCAACCGAGUCACUUCUGCAGGAUGGGAGUUCGCGUGA